AUGUCCAUGCCAGCACCAUCAGCACGGAAGAAGGCGUCAUUAGCAUGUGCUAAUUGUCGAAAACGAAAGAUAAAAUGUAUCCUCGGAAACUCACUUCCGUGUGCCCAUUGCAAGAAGCUAGACUUGAAUUGUGUGCUCCUCUCAACAGAUAAACGAAAGGAUCGAUACAGAAUGGAGUAUAUAUCUGGUUUAGAGCUUAAGGUCGCUCGCUACGAAGCCACGCUCCGCAAGCUCGACGAGAACAUUAAAAGUUCCGUUCUAUGCAUGGAAUCGUUGGGUCCAGAUUUCCAUUCAGAGCCCAUUACGAGCAUUGCGGCUCCAAAUAAUUCUCCAGCUUCCUCUGUAACCAUGAGCACACAUACACAAAGUGCUGAAAGUUCAAACACUGAGGUGAAGUCGGAACUGCCACCUCAGGAUGCACUAGAAAGAGAAAAGCCUUUACCCACGAAUGUUAAGGGAACUUUGAGGGUCAACAACUUUGAAAAUGACAAUAAAUACUCAGUCAGUGUCUAUGGUCCCACCAGUAUUUUCAAUACGGAGACAAUACCCAACCAAGCAGGUGACAUCGACACUACUUUUGGGAAUCUUAGUGGUGAUCUCAUUAUUGUCCAAUGUAUUAAGCUCUUUUUCCGCUGGCAAUAUCCUGAUAUGCAUCUGUUCGUAUUCCGGGAGGCAUUCUUGUUGGAUUUCUUCAAUCCCGGGUCUAGCGGUGUAUAUUCAUCUAAAGAGCUUGUUUAUGCGAUUUGUGCUAUAGGUUCGCUGGUAUCGGAGUCGGAUGAAAUCCGGUCACUUUCGCCUCAAUUCUAUAAAGGCGCUAUUGAACUUUUAACAAAGAAACUUGAUUCGCCAUCAAUCAGCUCUUUACAAGCGUAUUUGCUUUUGGGCCUCUAUGAUAUCUACAAUGGUAGAAACAAUUCUGGAUGGAUGCUUACAGGGGACGGCCUACGAGUGGGGUUUGGGAUUGGAUUCCAUUUGAGUUUUCAAAACUGGCUGGCCGGUGAAAGCGAAGAACCAAGUCUGGUUACAAUUGCAGUCAGAUCGAGAAUAUUUUGGGGUUCAUUUAUGGCCGACCGGUUUCUUGGACUAAUAUUGGGCAGGCCGUCCAUUUUGAAAAUGCACGAGUCGACCAUUCCAGAAUCCUAUAAUUUGCCAGCAAUUGAAACCAUUGCUGAGUACACCUAUCCGGGUACGGCUGACUACGAGCGAGCUAACUACAUUGAUGUUUCCAAUCCUUUGAAGAGUAUAAUAAAACUUGUGGGAAUCUCCGAUGCUAUGCUUGAAGAACUCUUUACUAAGGAUCCCGAUGGAAUGGAAAGAAAACUCGAGUUAUUAGAAAGAUACAACGAGAAACUCCUUGACUGGAGACAAAAACUUCCUUCCUUAGUACAGUGGGACAGAAAAACAUUGGAACAGCAUGGACAUGACCAUACCAAGAUGUUCAUGAGAUAUUUUUACUACAUUGUUCUUCUCUGUCUCAACCGACCCUUUGUUGAAGUUUCUCGAACUUCCAGUCAGAAAGAUUCGUCAAAUGCUCUCAAAAUUUGUGAAAGUGCAAUAGAAGAUAUCCACUUGGCCAUAUUGAGCUUUGUCAAGCAUCAUGGUUUGCGUCAGUGCUCGAUUCUUAUCGUCUACUCAUCCAUCAUUUGUAUCUCAAUCAUUCUUUUGACAACAAGUGGUGGAGAUAUGACCAGUAAUCCAAAAUUCGAGGAGUGUUUCUUCGAUUUCAUGACUCUUCUCAAACUUUCGUCACUGACAUGGAAACUAAGUGAGAAGUCUUAUCUGAAAGUUAGAGCAACAUUCCACUCAGAAUACAAAUGCAGCUAUGAAACUCAGCUCUCCGAUUUUUUGCAGAGGAAACAAGAGCAAAACAGCCGAUUUCUUGCUCCUGGAAACUCUAUUAUAUCUAUAUCUGGAGAGCCUCUUGAGAGGGUAUCACCCGCCUAUUCGGACAGCAUGUGGGGCAAUGAGUUUGCUAAUGUGAUGGAAUUCGGAGGGUUUGGGGGCCCUCCGGUGUUUAUGAAUGGAGAAUUGUCUGACUGGGGAAACUUUUUUCCAGGUUAUGGAAAUCAGAAUGACAACAUAUAG